CCAGGCACUGCUCGAUGGAGAAAUACGAGAAACUGGCCAAAAUCGGAGAAGGUUCUUACGGCGUGGUCUUCAAAUGCAGAAACAGAGACACCGACCAAAUUGUCGCCAUCAAGAAGUUUGUCGAAUCGGAAGACGAUCCCAUGAUCAAGAAAAUUGCACUGAGGGAAAUUCGCAUGCUAAAGCAGCUGAAACACGUUAAUUUGGUCAACCUGCUGGAGGUGUUCCGUAGAAAACGACACCUCCACCUGGUCUUUGAGUUCUGCGAGCAAACGGUCCUCAACGAGCUGGAAAAACACCCCCGAGGUGUACCAGAGGCUCAGCUGAAGAGUAUCGUGUGGCAGACGCUACAGGCCGUCAACUUCUGCCACAAGCACAACUGCAUCCACCGCGACGUCAAGCCUGAGAACAUCCUCCUCACCAAGACCGGCGUCAUCAAGUUGUGUGACUUUGGGUUCGCUCGUAUUCUGACGGGACCAGAGGACGACUACACGGACUAUGUGGCGACACGCUGGUACCGGGCUCCUGAGCUGCUGGUUGGAGACACGCAGUACGGUCCCCCUGUGGACGUGUGGGCGCUGGGAUGCGUCUUCGCCGAGCUGCUCAGUGGGAGUCCACUCUGGCCCGGGAAGUCCGACGUGGACCAGCUCUACCUUAUCCGCAAAACUCUUGGGGACCUCAUCCCUCGACACCAGCAGGUGUUCCGGUCCAACGUUUUCUUCAGCGGAGUCAGUAUUCCUGAACCUGACACCACAGAAACUCUGGAAAAGCGAUUCUCUGGUUCAUCUCCUCUGGCCCUUCAAGUCAUGAAGUCGUGCUUGGUGAUGGAUCCCUCACUCAGGCUGUCGUGCGAGGAGCUGCUGGAGCUACCCUACAUACAUGAGGAAGGCGGCACCGCCUGGGCCCGCGAGGGGGAACAACGUCCAAUGAGACGCCAUGACAAAGGCCCCCGUCGCAAACAGACAACAGCUCAAUACCUGCCACAAUUAACAAACAGCAACAUGUCGCCGGCGCCGGAUGUCAAGAAGCCAGUGAAGCACAAAUAUCACCUGCCCAACAUUUAGCCAACAACCAGAAACCAUCUUCCUUUUCAUCUUUGUUUGGGAGGGACAUUCCGGUCUGGUAACGCUGAUGACCCAGCUAUAGUUCUGAAAAAUCAUUACUCCAUUUGUUUACUUAAAUUUGACAUACACGUGACCUUCGGGUUAUGUUUCUUGACACCCUCUCUAUAAUAAUUUUUGGCACAAUUCUUCUUCUUUCCCUUCAGGGGUCGUAACCGCUAAUCAACUGCCUCCAUUUAACCCUGUUUUGUUCAUCCUCUUCUCUCACAUCAGCUAUCUUCAUGUCCUCUUGGCCUGGCAGUUCAAGACUCACAAUAUUGUGGCACUCCAUUUGAUAUCAAGUCAAGGCACCGCUGUAUUUGCUUGUGAUGCGUACAGGGACUGCAAACGUGUUGACGGUACAUUCACGGUUCAUAAUCACAGCAAACACCCACUUCUGUAUAUUAAGUCAACAAGUCUGCUAGAAUGUUAUAUUUUUAUGACAAUAGUAAAUCCAAUAAUGCGCCUUGAUUAAAAAAAA